AUUCAAUAUGCAUCUACUUCCAUGUUUAUCUCACACUCCCACUCCAAUUCUCAUUUCUCCCCAACUAAUCUCUCUCGAAAUCACCGCCAAUGGCUUCAUCCGACCUCAAAUCCGCCGCCUUGAUGGAGCAAAUGAAAACCCAUCUCUCCACCGACGCCGGCAAAGCCGUCACCAAGAAGAUCGGACUCGUUUAUCAAAUCAAUAUCGCCCCCAAGAAACUUGGAUUCAACGAGGAGAUUUACGUCGUCGAUCUUAAAAAGGGAGAGGUUACCAAAGGUGCAUAUGAAGGUGGAAAGCCAGAUGCCACCUUUUCUUUCACAGAUGAAGACUUCUUCAAGGUUGCAACUGGGAAAAUGAACCCUCAAAUUGCUUUCAUGAGGGGUGCAAUGAAGGUGAAAGGCAGUUUAAGUGCAGCCCAGAAAUUCACACCUGACAUAUUUCCAAAACCUUCAAAGAUGUAAGCAGGAGGAGAUUAGGUGUUCUUGAAGCCAGUGUUUUGAGUGAUAAUAGGUUAAUAAAAUGGUAUAAUUAUAUGAAGUUAGAUAAUUUAUAAACAAGUUUAUAAGAAGUAAGAACAGUAAUCAAUAUAAGUGUGUUACUUUCUCCACGUUUUACAAUCAAACUGUUUAUUCUGUGUUCUUGUAUGUGAGGUCGAUUAAUAUUACAUGUUUACUAUGUGUAGUCUUGAAAACUAUUGUUAAUGUGUAUUUAUAACGUUUUAAUCUCAUUUUAUAAAAUAUGAAAAAGCUUGGAGUUUUUUUA